GUUGAGCGCCAGUAGCAUUGAAAAAUUCUACAAAAUAUAAGGCAUCUCUUUCCCUAAUGAAUGUAACUGCAGUAACGGCGAUUCGUCAGCAAUCAGAUGAUUUAAGGGACGAAUUAAAGGACUUGGAUCAAUGGGUGAAUGAAAUGGAGAAGCUUGAGGAAUCUAAAAAGUGCCGUAAAGCGACUACUUUCUCGGUCGAAGCCGAGGUCCCUAUCCGUGGUACCGUUCCCUCUAUAAAACAGGCGCUUGCUGAUUUGGCGCGCAAAGGAGGUAAGCAGCUAUCCCCUGAGCAAGACCCAAUUCACAUUCAGAAGGAAAAGGGCAAUGAAUAUUUUCGUAUCGGUAAAAACAAGGAUGCCAUAGACUCAUAUACCGUAGGAAUAGAGUUGGAUCCGAAGGGCGACAUAGCGCACAUUCUUUAUGCAAAUCGAGCCAUGUGUUGGAUUAGGGAGAAGCAAUGGGAGAAGGCAGAAAAGGAUGCAACAGUUUGCAUACAAAUGAACCGAAGUUAUGUCAAAGGUUAUUUUCGACGUGCAGUAGCUCGUAAAAAUCUACAUGACUUCAAGGGAGCUCGUUCCGAUUUGGAAUCCGUAUUAGCGCUUGUACCAAAUGACACUUCCGCGCUUGAGGAGCUCAAUGUAGUGACGAAAAUGUUGCAGUCUGAGCGUGAAAAGACUGCAGCCCCUACAGCAACGAGAAAACGUAUUGCCAUUGAGGAAGUCGACGAUAGUGAUGCGGAGCCAUCGGAGUUUAUCGAGCCUUCGGAGGAAGAGAAGCAACGGAAAGAGCAAGUCAAGGAAAAUAUGGAAGAGCUAGAACGUAUUAUUCGGAAUGAUGAACGUAAUCGGUUAGAGGCUACUUUGAAAUUGGAAAAAGAGAUGGAGACAAAACGUCGUCAAAGCACACGAGUUGAGGUUCUAGAGGCAGAAGAUGAAAUCAAUUACGCUCACAAAUCACCCGGGGCAGUCAAAAAUUCACUUAACAACGUGUCCGAUGUGACAACCCAUGUAGACGAAAAACUCGGCCUACCACCACCCCAAGCUAAGGAUAACGAAGCUAAAAUUAACAUAUCUUCUGCCGCAAAGCAAGAUAAACAGCCUCGUACUGUGCAUCCGCGCCCAAGAUUAACAAAGGAAUCGCUUAAAAGCCCCAAAUCAUUUAUUGAGUUCGAGAAAAUAUUUUCAGAGAUUGAAUCUGAUGAAGAACUUAGGGAUCAUUUUGUAAGUUCUAUAAAUCCGGCGUUAUUUUCCUCCCUUUUUGGAAGCAACAUGACACCUGAAAUCUUUAUCGGACUUUUGCGCUCAAUAAGACGCUUUCCUGGAUCUACAGUUCUACAGUACCUCAAGGGGUUGUGUCGUGUCAAUCGCAUAGAAGACAUCGCUUUGUUUUUGAAUACUGAGGAGAAGAAGCUGGUCGAUGAUGUUUUGUGCCUACUUAAGAAUUUUGGUGUUCCUGAAAAGGAAGUCAUACUAAUUCAACGCAAGUUAAAGCCUUUCUAAGAGUUAUAAUCAUUAUAAUAAAAAAAUACAAUGUAUAGUUUCUGCCAUACUUUUCCAUUAUUAGCCAAAUCUUAUCUAGUUGCAUAAGACUUGUUGGCAUUUUGAUUAUUUACUAUAUUAAACCUAUAUUGUUAUUGUCCUUUCCCUUUAAUCAACUAUUGCAUUAGCCCUUUUCCA